ACUCAACCGAAGAAUUAAAGACUCCAAACCAAAAGUUAAAAUAUUCAACUAUCUUUAGUGUUAUCAUUUCUCUUAUACUUUAUACAUUAACUCAAAUUGCUUUUAUAACGGUUGUCGACCCUAAACAAGCUAUUUAUUCUAAUGAUACUAUGGCUAUAGAAUUUGGACACGCUAUACUUGGUGAGCCCGGAAGGAUAAUUAUUGCAAUAUGUAUUUUAAUUUCUUCUUCUGGAUGUGUGG